UUCAUAGUCAUCAGCGCUUGGAACGUCAAUGAUACAAUGUUGCAAAUGUUUCUUCAUCUGCAAAGUUAAUAACAACUGUUCCAAAUGUUCAGCGCGCUGUCCAGUCGUGGCUUGCGUAGCUCCGACGGCAUUCCUAAACCAAAUGGGAGUUUCCAGGAAGUGGCCAUAUUGGAACCACUACCAAGCUUGUUCCCCUGUGUCAGUUUACGGAGAGAGUGAGACGAGGGCAGGUAGUUCCCUUUCGCCCAGCUCGGCAUUAAAACAAAUACAUUCCGCACCAUGGCUGCUACGGAUGUAGACAUAUUUUCUAAUGAAGAAAAGCGUAACCUCAGUUUGGGCGGGCAUGUUGGUUUUGACAGCCUUCCUGAUCAGCUGGUCAGUAAAUCGGUGACGCAGGGUUUCUGCUUCAACAUCCUCUGUGUAGGGGAAACGGGUAUUGGCAAGUCGACAUUAAUGAAUACCCUUUUUAACACAAUGUUUGAGAACGAGGAGGCCAGCCACUACCAGAAUGGCGUGUGUAUGCGGCCCAGAACAUACGACCUCCAGGAGAGCAACGUCCACCUAAAGCUGACUAUCGUGGACACUGUUGGGUUCGGGGACCAGAUCAACAAAGAGGAGAGUUAUAAACCGAUAGUGGACUAUAUCGACACACAGUUCGAAAACUACCUUCAGGAAGAGCUGAAAAUCAAGCGCUCCCUCUUCAACUACCACGACGGGAGGAUCCACAUCUGUCUGUACUUCAUCGCGCCCACGGGGCAUUCACUGAAAUCCUUGGAUUUAGUUACCAUGAAGAAACUGGACAGUAAGGUGAAUAUAAUCCCCAUCAUCGCUAAAGCCGACACAAUCUCCAAGAGCGAGCUCCAUAAAUUCAAGAUCAAGAUCAUGAGUGAGCUGGUGAGCAAUGGAGUGCAGAUCUACCAGUUCCCCACAGACGAUGAUGCAGUCACCGAGAUCAACUCCUCAAUGAAUGCUCACCUCCCCUUCGCUGUGGUGGGGAGCAUCGAGGAGGUCAAAGUGGGGAACAAAACGGUGCGAGCCAGGCAGUAUCCCUGGGGAGUAGUGCAAGUGGAGAACGAGAGCCACUGUGACUUUGUGAAGCUGCGGGAGAUGCUGAUCAGGGUGAACAUGGAGGAUCUGAGGGAGCAGACUCACGCCCGCCACUAUGAGCUCUACCGCCGCUGCAAACUGGAGGAGAUGGGAUUCAAAGAUACAGACCCUGACUGUCAGCCAUUCAGCCUCCAGGAGACCUAUGAAGCCAAGAGGAAAGAGUUCAUGGGAGACCUGCAGAAGAAGGAGGAGGAGAUGAGACAGAUGUUUGUCAACAAAGUGAAGGAGACUGAGGCAGAGCUGAAAGAGAAGGAGAGAGAGUUGCACAACAAGUUUGAGCAGCUGAAGCACAUGCACCAGGAGGAGAAGAGGAAGGUGGAGGAAAAGAGACGGGAACUGGAGGAGGAAAUGAACGCCUUCAACCGCAGGAAGGUGGCAGCUGAGACAUUGUCCUUAGCCCAGCCACUCAAGAAGGACAAGGACAAGAAAAAAUCGGUGAAGACGGAGAACCAGUCUGGGGUGAGCCUCUCCAACUCCAAGGUAAUGAUGGCCAAGGCUAGUGUGGAGCCCUUGAACUGCAAUAGCUGGUGGCAGGCCAUACAGUGCUGCACCUGCCUGGUCCACAAUGCCACCUGGAGGCAAGGCCUCUUCUGAGAAUGAGCACCCACAGAUGAAAGGUGGGGAUGGCCAGAGAUCAACAGGCCAUGGAACUGCAAUCAUCACAACAUACAGAAAAAUGGAGACCAUCAUUAUUACAUAUCCAAUGUUUUAUUCAUUACCAAUUCAUAUCGAUCAUGGACAACUUUCCACAUCUUCUCUUUAACAGCCAUUUCCAUAUUACAUUGUCUUCUUAGUAACCCCCCCGCCGCCCCCUUUCCUUGCCUGGGGUGUGAUGCCCUCUUUGCUGUGUGCAGUGCUCGUCUGUCUCCCUGUUUUAAGAUUGUUAUUGUAAAACCAACAUGGGGGCCUACAUUUAAUGGCCAAACCUUUUUGUUUGUUUCUCUUUGUCACAAAAUAAUGGUGAAUGCAUUUGCUUUUGUAUGUCUCCGCUCUUUAGCAAAUAUUCAGCCAUAUUGUUUGAGCAAAGAAAAAAAACAUUUGAAUUUCAGGUUAUCGUUUAACAUAUCCAGUGGAAAUGUUGAAAAAUAACUUCUUUGAAUCCACAGCUCAAAUCAUACAAAUGUAAUUGUUGGAAAGUAUUUAUUUGAAAAGUAUUAGAGAAUUUAUUUUUAUUUAACUAGAUUUUUUUUAUGUAUCAUGUUUCUUUUUUAAAUUCUACAAUACUUGUAUUUUUGUAAUAAACCGAUUGUGACAUAGGACAAUAUGGAAUAGUUCUCAUGGAUUACACUACUAUAAUCUACACACAACUAACUGGUGAGACAUUCAUCAAUCUCUGAAAUGUUUUAGUAUUCUGAACAAUCUUAUGUUAUAAUUUGAGGAAAUUCUCACAUUGGCUCUGGUGUGAAACAAUGAAACCGCCCUAAACGUUUUAAUUCAAACUAGACUAGAGGAUGAAAUGUGUCUGGUAGUGCUUAGUGUUUGAUGAUUAUUUGACUUCCAGUUUGUGGUGUGUAGUAAAAAGUAUGGAUCUUUCCAAGAUGUCAAACUCCAGUGUGCCAUAAACAAUCUGUACAGCAUGGCAUUUUUUUAUGACACUAAAUAUGCAUACAUGACAGCAUAGUAAUAUUCCAAUUAAUCUAGGCUAUGCUUUCUGUUAAGGUUGUACUUAGAAUUUGUCUAACCCAUUUCUAUCUUUUAUUAUUAGUCAUUUAGCAGACACUCUUAUCCAGAGCGACAUACAGGAGCAAUUAGGGCUAAGUGCCUUGCUCAA